CCGUAUGGAUGCCCUAUGGGAUCUAUAGGCUUCCGAUCCAUCCUACAGGUAUUCCGGAGCGGGGAAGGAAUGGGAAUUCGUCUGGAUGGUGCCUCAGCCUUUCAAGGUGCUCUGAUUUCACCCCAUUACGACUCUCUGCUGGUGAAGGUGAUCGCCCACGGCCCCGACCAGCCAUCGGCAGCCGCCAAGAUGAGCAGAGCCCUCGCCGAGUUCCGCAUCCGCGGCGUUAAGACAAACAUCCCCUUCCUGCAGAACGUCCUCGCCCACCCCCAGUUCUUGGGGGGGGCCGUUGACACUCAGUUCAUCGAUGAGAAUCCUGAAUUGUUCCACCUGAGACCCAGCCAGAAUCGGGCUCAGAAGCUGCUGCAUUACCUGGGUGGGGUCCUGGUGGAAGUCAGGGGGUCCUGGGAGGGGUCCUGGGUCAGGGUCCUGG